UAUUAUCUUAAGUGAUACCAACAUGUUGCAGCAAAGCGUAAAGGCCUUUGUGGGCUUCCGUGGCCUGUUGAGUAAAUAUGCAGCACCUUACUCGACUCGCCUUUUCUCCACUUCGACUGGAUUCAAGACGGAUGGAACUGGCCGGAUCCUGCCGCACGGCGGCGAACUCGUCGACUUGUCAGUAACAGAUCCUCAGGAGAAAAAGGAGCUGGCCGCGUCUUGCAAGUUCACGCAAGAGUGCAGUGAUCGAAAUGCUUGUGAUGUCGAGCUCUUGUCUGUGGGUGGUUUCUCGCCGCUUAAGGGAUUUAUGAACCGUGAUGUUUACGAUCAUGUGGUAGCUAACAUGAGGUUGCCCCAAAGCAACCUGAUUUUUGGUCUUCCUGUGGUGUUUGACACGGAGAAUGAGGCUGUCAAGGAGGGCGAUCGGGUGCUCCUCAAGUACAAGGGCCAAAAUAUUGGCGUGCUCGAGGUUGAAAGCAAAUGGGUUCCAAACAAGGCGAAGGAGACAAAGGAGUGCUACCGGACGUCCUCUCUGGAACACCCAGGCGUGCAAAUGGUGGCGAUGGAGCGCGGCAAGUACUAUCUUGGCGGCAAAGUCUGGGGCUUGGACAUUCCUAAACGGGAGUUUCCUUGUGCGACCCCACGGGAGGUUCGCGCCCUGCUGCCGGCGCAACAGGAUGUGGUCGUGUUUCAGUGCCGGAACCCGGUCCAUCGUGCACACUACGAGCUCUUUACCCGGGCUUUGCACGCCCCUAACGUGCGCCCCGGUGCAGUCUGCCUGGUGCACCCCACGGUGGGCCCAACACAGGAUGAUGAUAUUCCCGGGAUCGUGCGGUACCACACCUACGAGGUGCUGAAGGCUGAGUUGCAGAAUCCUGCCAUCAAGUGGGCCUACUUGCCGUACAGCAUGCACAUGGCUGGGCCCCGCGAAGCCAUCCAGCAUAUGUUGAUCCGCAAGAACUAUGGAUGCACGCACUUCAUUGUCGGUCGCGACAUGGCUGGGUCUAAGAGCUGCUUGACAGGUGAAGACUUUUAUGGAAUUUAUGAUGCACAGGACUUUGCCAAGAAGCACGCUGAGGAGCUGGGCAUGCAAACCGUUCCAAGUGCAGACGUGGUCUACACCGAGGAACGCGGCUACGUUACCGUGGACGAAGCCAAGAAGGAUGGGCUUCAUGUGCGCAAGCUCAGCGGCACGAAGUUCCGGCAAAUGCUUCGCGCUGGCGAGGACAUUCCUGAAUGGUUCGCCUUCAAAUCCGUCGUCAGUGUUCUCCGGGCCCAUACGCAGUCAUCGUAAAACCCUCAACGAAAUUUCAGCCACGGAUUUCUCGAACUUUAGGGUGAUGCCUUCAUGCAUGCUUUUGGCUGAGAUUGAGCUUUGCUGCUUCUUGGGAGUUUUGGGGUAUAAGCAUCCUCUGUUUUGCAUUACCUUGCACUGCAAUAGUACUUGUGAAUAGCGACAUAUGCGAUUUUGGUGUCUGCGAUUUUUAAGCCUUUGCAUUUGGUUAAUAUCCUUACGUGUCUGCAAGCCGUCCAGCGUGCGUUCACGUUCUGCUUAGGAUGUCGACGUUUUUGCGGUUAUGCCCGCCGCCUAGCUGACCUGACUGCCUUAAACUGUCUUAGUCCUGACAUUGAUGACCAAUUGAUGUCCAGCUUGAGCAUUCUGUGAUCUCUUUGUUCGCAAGGAAUCCUUGUGAUAAGGGAAGUGCGUGCCUCCGUUUGAGCACCUAGCGCCUGUAAGUACGACAGGUUUCCGUACUGCUCCAUGUCGGUUAUCAAUCUAAUGCGUAUGCUGGUGCAAGGCAGGUUAGUAUGGGCCUCUGCAUAUGCAUCUAAGGCACAUGCACGGAGCCAUUCCACUUUUCGCGCAUGUGGCCUGUGAUGCGGCGAGGGCUAAAAGUUGGGACGUGUAAUUGAGUUCAGCAGUUAUCCGAAGCCGAGGAUGAGCCGAGUGUAAGCCGAGCCGU